AUGUAUCAAAUUCAAACUGAUUUAUUCAAUCCUCAUUACGUUCGAUUUGGUGGUGAUUUUUCGAAAUUUCUACCAACAUUUAUUGAAUAUAUUCUGAAUGAAUUGAAUCCAAAUGCAUUAUUCCAUGCAUUAGAAGAUUAUUUUUCAAAAGUUUACGAUCUACAGUAUUUUGUAUUUGGCCAUGGUAUUGGUGUUGGUUCAUAUAAAUUAGUCAAACGAUAUAUACAAGAUAUUCCACCAUGUAACGGUUUUGAAUCGUGGGACUGGAAAGUUUCUUCGUCUCAAGAAAUAAGACAUAUACCCAAACCACCACUGAAUCUGUCAAAUAACUUAGAUGAUAUAUCGAGUCUAAGUGCAUAG